ACUUCCUGUUCCUGUGUGGCUGGAAGGAGAAUGUCUUCCUGUGUGCUCACCGAGAGAAUUGGUCAGGGCGGGGCCCCGGCUCUUCCUUCCCCCUCCUGUCUCCAGGUGUGUGGAGCGAUGGCCGGAUUUCUGCUAUAAUUUUAUUCACAACGACUGACAAGAUGGAUCCCAACCAUGAAAGAAGAUAUGACAGCUCGGCACAAGUCACCACUACUGAUGACAUCACAAGUUUCCGCCAUCGGCUAUCUUCAUAUUCCGAUUCAUCACUGAGGAUGAUAUACGAGCAUUACAGAGAUGAUCUGAUCCACAUCCUGGAGAACAUGGAUCCUCAUUCCGUCCUGGUAGAGCUACAACCUCGGAAUGUGAUAGACACAGAUGAAUACCUGUCAAUGGAAAUAGACCGGUCUGCCUUCGCUCAGAUCUUAUUAGAAGAUAUGCAGUCUCGGGGAAGAGAAGCUGUGAUUGGAUUUUGGGAUUGUCUAUAUGCACUACAGAAGGCUCAUCCUAAUUUGUUGGCCAUUCUGGAUGAGGUCACACGGACAGGUGAUGAUCUUGUGGAUCAGAUUCUGCUGGAUGAAUAUGGACCCUCACUGAUUCCGGAGUUGAUAGAUAUUCAUAAAGAGCACAAACAACAUCUGAUGGAGAAGACGGAGACUCUAGAGGAGCAUAGACCCCCAGGAACUACCCUGGAACCACAAACAUUCCUCAUCAAUGAGCGUUAUGUGAACCUGGUUGUAGUCACCACCGAUCAGUUCAGGGAACGUCCCCAGAAUGAACUGAUACAGACUGGGGUAAAACAUGAGGAAUGUUUGAAGGAAACACAAACUAGACUGGAACACAUUUCCCCCAACAGGCUGUUCCGAUGGAACCACCAGUCACAUUGUGUACCACACGCAGUAAUGGUGAGCGGAGUGCCAGGAAUAGGGAAGACCACACUGAUGCAGAAGUUUGUCUAUGACUGGGUGACCGGAAAACACUACCAGAGAUUUGCCUUUCUUUUCGUCUUCAGAUUCCGGGACCUUAAUAGACUGGGAGAGGUCAGCUUGGAGGAGAUGAUUCUUCAUCAAUAUCCGUAUCUGGAGAGUCAGAUUGGAGAUAUUUUACAAGAUCCAGAGAGACUUCUGUUUAUAUUUGAUGGAUUAGAUGAAAGUGUUCACCAAAUGGAUUUCAGAUCAAGUAGACUGUCCAAUCCAAAGCAGAGAUCACAUUUUGGUGAGAUUGUGGUCAGUUUGGUGAGGCAGAGACUUCUUAUGGGUUGCUCUGUACUGAUAACCAGCCGCCCAACCAGACUGGCAUCAGUUGAUACCGGUGUUUUCCAGAGAAUAGCUGAGAUCAUGGGAUUUCUCCAUGGAGACCGACUGAUCUUCUUCAAUAAUUUCUUUGGAAAUGAGGAAUUGUCAGGAAAGGCUUUUCAUCAUGUGCAGGAGAAUGACACGCUGUACACUUUCUGUUAUAUCCCAUCAUAUUGCUGGAUCAUCUGUACAGUGUUAUCAAUGUGCUUCAGAUCCCAACCAACAAUCACUGAUCAGCUGAUGACAUCAUUACCCAAAACAAUGACACAACUCUUUGUGACUUUUGUCUCCAACAUUCUGGCCAAUCACAGCCAGAAUAAAGAUGGUGGUCACACUGCCCGGGAACUGCUGACCUCUAUUGGGUGGAUGGCAGAACAUGGAGUCAUGAAUCACAGGAUUGUAUUUGAUGAGCGUCAUCUGGAGUCAUUCAAUGUGAGAAAUGAUAAUCAUCUCUUCUCAUCUUUCAUGAUGGAAUCUGGUCAGCCUCCUGAUGUGGAUUACACCUUCUUACAUCUCACUCUUCAGGAGUUUUUUGCUGCUUUAGUCCAUUUUAUUACCGAUAAUCCUGACAGAUUACAGGAAACACUUGAUGAUGCUGAAUCUUAUGAAGACGGCCGAGGUGAAAUACUCCUCCGUUUCCUCUGCGGUCUUUCAGACUCUUCUACUAGAUCCAUGUUAAAGUCUCAUGGGGGAGAAUUGUCUACUCAGGCUGCCAGACAUGUCAUCUCCUGGAUCCAGAAGAAAAUACCAGAACAAAUACGUGACAAACCCAUGAGAGGCAGCAGAGAGCUUCUUAAUGUAUUCUACUAUCUCUAUGAGAGCAGGAAUAAGGCUCUGGUGUCACAAUGUAUUGGAUCAAACAAAGUUGACUUUUCUGGUGUUCACUUCAGCCCUCUGGACUGCUCUGUGCUGUCUUUUAUCCUUCAAUCCUGCAGAGAGAUAGAAGAAGUAAAUAUACAUUCAUGUCAUUUUCGGAGUGAAGGAUUGAAGAGACUUAUACCGGCUCUACACAACAUCAAGAGUUUGAGCUUAACUAGAACUCUAAUAGACAUUUCCUGCCUCCACCUGGCAUCAGGAAUAAGAAAUAACCAGACACUGAGGAGACUGAUUCUGUCUGAUAACUACCUGGAGGAACCACAUUUCAGGGAUCUGAUGGAAGCUCUUCCAACAAGCCGGAUAGAGGAAUUACAUUUGGAUAGAAAUCAGCUGACGGACAGUUCCUGCCCCCACCUGGCAUCUGGAAUAAGAAAUAACCAGACACUGAGAUUACUAAACCUGUCCUGGAACAAACUGAAGUGUCCCCAUUUCAGUGAUUUGAUGAAAGCUCUGAGAACAAGCCAGAUAGAGGAAUUACAGCUCAGCUACAACUACUUGUCACAGGAAGCAAGGAAAGAACUACAAAAACUCAGAAACUCCCGGCCAAGACUGAAUAUUUUCCUAGAAUGAACACGGCCUUAAUCUUACUCGCCUGUCACUAAAUCCCUAUGGCUUUACCUCAAGGCCCCCCGACAGCCUCCUCAGCACUGCAUCUCCAUCUUCCACCCAACUCCUCUGCCAGCAUGACUUAUCCAAUAUUUGAGGGCUCCUCAGUCCCCUGCCAAACCCACUUCCUGGGGAUUGGCCAAGGGACCCUAAUUAUUCUGUCAGAACCAUUGACGUAUCGCGGUAUAGUGCCUACAAAUACUGUCAGAAUGUUUAUACUGAAAUCU